UUAUACAAAGUUUAUAAAAAAUAUUGAAACAAGUUAUUUUACAAAUAUCUAGGGACGUGGUGAAUGUAAAACAUUUGGUAAUUUACACCUCAAGUUUAUAUUAAUUAUAUAUAUCUUAAUUAAAUAUGAAAGAAAAGAAACGCGCAUCUCGUAAAGAAAGUUCAGAUUCAUCAAAUGAAUCGAGUGAUAGUUCCAAUAGUAGUUCUAGUGAAGAAGUUCAAAAGAAAUCUAAAAAACAUCAUUCAAGUUCAGAAAAUGAUAGUGAAAGUCCACGUCCCACAAAAAAAUCAAUAACUAAACAUUCAGCAAAGAAACACAAACGUUCCAAAAGUACAAGUUCAUCAAAUUCAAGUGAUAAUGACGACAGUAAAUUGAGAAAAAAGAAACAAAGAUCUGAAUCGAGUAGCGAUCACAGCGAUAAUGAGGUACCAGAUAAAAAAUAUAGUGACAAUGAGGAUUCACGUCCUCGUAAAUCCCGACAUGAAAUCGAGUCAUCUAAAUGGGAUAGUCCUGUUGAAAAAGAGAAAAAAUAUGUUCCACGAAAUCGUAAUGAUAAUACUAGGGAAUGGGAUCGUAAUAAAUCAAAUCGAAACUAUGACCACGAUAGACCACAACGAGAUGAACGCUAUCGUAACUUUAAUAAUCGACCAUAUUAUAAUAAUCGGUACGAUAAUCGACGAAAUGAUGAUGAUCGCUACGAUAAUCGACGAAAUGAUGAUGAUCGGUAUGAGAAUCGACGUAAUGAUGACGAUAGGAAUUUUGAUCGACCUUCGCGAGGUAAUUAUCAUAAUCGUGGUGGAUAUAAUAAGCGAUUCAACGAUCGGCGAAAUGAUUACCAAGAUAAAAGAUAUAAUGAUUAUCGACGCGGAGAAGAUGAUAAGCGUGGAGAAGAUGACCGAAACGAUCGUCGUGGAGUUGAUGACGAUAGAAAUGAUCGUCGCGGUGCUGAUGGCGAUGAUAGAAAUGAUCGUCGUGGUGGUGACGAUGAUCGUCGAAAUUUUAGACGUAGUCGUUCAUUUGAGAGAAAUUCGGAUAGUAAAUCACGAUUCAAUAGAAACGAUAAUCGCCGUGAGAGGCGAUCCCCGAAAAAAGAUGAAAAAGAGUAUGCUUGGGGAAAACAAGAAGACAACAAGAAAGAUGAUAAAAAACCAGUUGUGAAAGAGAAACCUAACUUUGGAUUAACUGGUAAAUUGACUGAAGAAGCAAAUACUUACAAAGGUGUUGUCAUAAAAUAUUCGGAGCCGCCAGAAGCACGUAAACCAAAACGUCGAUGGCGUUUAUAUCCAUUUAAAGGUGAAAAAGCAAUGCAAACAUUAUAUAUACAUCGUGAAAGUGCAUAUUUAUUAGGACGUGAACGUAAAGUUGUCGACAUCCCAUUAGAUCAUCCCUCAUGUUCAAAACAACAUGCUGCACUUCAAUUCCGUUUGGUACCAUUUGAACGUGAAAACGGAUCGGUUGGUAAGCGUGUACGUCCAUAUAUUAUUGAUCUAGAUUCAGCGAAUGGCACAUUCGUAAAUAAUGUCAAAAUUGAAUCAAGAAAAUAUGUGGAAUUAUUCGAGAAAGAUGUGUUAAAAUUUGGUUUUAGUACUAGAGAGUAUGUUUUGUUGCACGAGAAUAGUAAAGAUGAAGCACAAGAUGAUGAUGUUGUUGGUGACGAGGUAGUUGAUGAGAAGCCUAAGAUUAAAAAAGAAAAAUUAGAACCAAUGGAAGCGAUUUUACCACAAGAAGCUUCUAUUGGCUAGAUUUUAUAUAUGAUUGUGACACGUUAUAUAAUAUUAAUAAU